CUCCUCCAAAUUGUUCCUGAAGCCAAAGCCCUUGGUCGAUAUCUCGACCUCCUCUUCUCUCCGCCAUCUUCAGCGCCGGAAUCAACCUUCUCCGGCGUUGCCUCGACACCCUCCGAGAUUCUCCGGCGACGUCUGACACUACUCCGCACGGCUCAAUUCGUCUCCUUCAAAACUCGCACUCUGAAUGAAAGACAAAGAGAUGGAAGCGAGAAGCGAAGUGAAGCAGAAAAUCUCCGAGAUUUUCAAAGAGUUUAUGACAGGGAUCACAAAGCUUGAGGAACUAGGGAAUGCUGCAAACAGCUUUCUUCUACGGUUUCAGCAAGGACUCAGCUAUCUCCAACGCCCUCCAAUAGUUACUUCAUCCAAGUUGAUCGAGAACAUUAUCAAGAACAAUGAAACAAGACGGCUUAAAUCAUAUAUGGAAGCUGGAUGUAUCAACAUCGAUGUUGCUGCACAAAGCACAAGAGCUUUGCAUACAUCCCUAUCAGGACUUUCUGACCACCUAAUCAAAGCUCAAAGCUUGUUAAUUGAGCUGGAGCGUCUCACCGAUGAAGCAACUCUUGUAAUUGAGACCGCCACAAAGCUUUCCACACAGCUAGAUAAAGACUCAAGUGAUGAAUUACGACAAGUAACGUGUGAUGAGGAGAACGAGACUGUACUUUUCUCUGAAGCACCUGGAGUGACAGAGUACGGUGCAGUUAUUGCAGUAAUUUACAGUAUGGUGAAACAGGACUAUGCGAUGCAGGAAAAGAUUGUGAGAUCACUGAGUUUGAAGUCAUCAUCUGGUGAAUUAGAGACUUACACUAUGAUGUGGUCAUUGCGUCCGUUUGUAGAAGACGAGAUUAUGAACAAAGCAUGGAAAUGGAUUUACUAAAACAGUCUUUUUCAUCCCAUUUUUCAUUCAUUGACAAAAAAAAAAAGAAGCAAAAUUUUC